CGGAGCGAAACAAAUGGCGGUGUGAUUGAAAAAAAUUGGCGUUCUGAGAGCAAGUUUUGUAUUUUACGACUGCCUCAACAUCAAAGUGACAGCUUCAUUCUCCAAAUUAGCAAUGAAAGAGUUAUUGCCACACGUUACGACCCCCGUCACAACAUUCCAGCCUGCUAGUCUCGAUGCUCUGGAGAAGGCUCACGGAGACGGCAAGGUGUCGCUUGGAAGCUUCAGUAAAGAUGGUAGCUUCUCUUGGAUUACCCGUGGGGCGAGCCUCGAGGUCGUCAACAGCUCGACCAGCGAGCGUAUCGCCGCCUGGUCCUUUGGCUCUGUCAUCAAAGAUACGAAGACAACAAUCAUGUGUGUUGUGGAGUAUGAAUAUGAUGGUGUACCGCACCUAUUGGUCGGUUUGGACACCAGCAACAAUGGAAUGAUUUGCAUUUUUGAUAUCAAGACAUCUAAGAUUGUUAAAGCUAUUGAAAUUCCAGAAAAGGUGACUUGUGUUGAGCCGGUGACUUCAAGUGAAAUGGACCUGGUAGAGGAAGUGUUUAGUGAACACCUGCAGCUUUACUGUGGAUUGGUAGCGGUGGGUCUCAUGUCGGCCAAGGUGUUCCUCAUAGAUUUAUGCCUGGACGACGACAUGUUAUCAGACGAGGUGCGCCCUGGUCAGCUCUGUUCCAUCUCUCCAAGGAUGCCCAACCUCAGUCUCAGGCGGGACGUAGCACUCAGAAAACGGGAACAUCUCUGUCUGACGCUAGAUAACGAUGGUCAUAGAGGAUCAUCCUACCUCUAUCGUAAACCUGAUGGGACUGUCUUGGCAACUUUCAGUACAGCCAAUGUGUGUGUAACUUGCAUCAAGUUCGUCCCCCAGAUGGGCGUGCUUGCCGUAGGAUUCAACUUCGGGUGUUUUCAGCUUUGGAAGUUAACGAGCCCUGUUCUUGAAUAUACAGUUUCAUAUGAAUCGGACGACCUAGCACCGAUAACCCACUUCAUUUACCAGGAGCCAGAGAAUGACCCAAGGUGCUUUGUUUACCUCUGGGCCGUCAGGGGACCAACUCUAGUCGAUAAAAAGGAUGGAGAUUGUUCAGCAUUGUCUCUCUAUCAGUUUGGCUACAACCGAAGAGUACAUGUCGAGCAUCAUGGCAUUCUAUAUAAGGAUAUGACGUCUGCCAUCAGUCGGUUUGAACACAUCCUGUCCGUCGACCCAUAUAACAUGAGCAACGCCGCCCUGGCGGGGAGUGCCAUCAUCUCAUGUCAUGUCAUUGAAGAUCCUCACGGCCCGGUGGUCUCAAGACCUGAUGACGAUUCUUUUGAGGGACCAACAGGUGCUGAUCUCAGCUUGUGCGCAUUUAUCUGGGAAGCCGUCCCAGAAGACAUGCUCUCGAAAUCCUCAUUCUACAUCGGCCUGUUUGACAUGAAUCGAUGGUACCACUCCCAGAUGCCGGGAUCAGUCCGCCCAACCAACGGUAGCCAUGACGUCUGUCCGUUCUUCUCCUUCUGUAACAUGGAGGACAUCUUGGAGGCAGCCGCUCCAGAUGGUUUGUUGGCAGCUCAUAUUGAUGCGGAAAUGGUCACCAGAUAUUACUCUUCUCUCACACCAACACCUGAACAACACUUCUACCCAUCUUCUCUUGGAUUUGAUGUGAAGUGUUUGACUGAUAAUGGGGUGGUACGAUGUAGCUACUUGGGCAUCCAGCAAGAGACACUAUCUUCCUUGAACGAGACAGGACCAAAAGCUUUAGCCGAUCCUCACGAAGCAUUCGAAAUGUUCGUCCACGCCGGUCUGAUUCCAAAGACGUUUGAUCUCGGUGGAAGCAGUGCUACACUCCCCGCUACAAUGCAGCGUGAGGCGUUACUGACAGUCUGUCUGGAGCAUGCAAUGAUCGGCUUCAUAGGCUCGUGCAUCACCCAAUGGGCCAAGGGAGAUUACAGUCAGGCUGGUUGUAAUCUCAGAUACAUGUUAAACUGGGCUUGGAAGAAGGUCACUCAGAUCAAGGAUACGCUUGAUAAGCUCUGUGUGCCAUUGUACGACUGUAGUGGCGUGCCACUUGAUGAACAGACCAGCACCACCAUCAACAAACAGAAGACACAACUCAAACAUCUCAUGCUUGUCUUCCAACUUCUCAUCAGCCAGGCUGCACCGACAACAGAGCAAGGUACAAGAGACUUGCAGACGAAGCUGAGCAUUGUCUCGUUGCUGUGUGAACACAUCCAGGUUGUGAUGUGGUUCCUCGUCAAUGGCCUUCUUCCUGAACAUGCCGAAGGUGAAGAUGGCCCCAUCAAUCACUUCAGUUUCCCCGCCACCUCAUUGGCCCAGGCCUUCAUGGGUCGACGGCAGGAGUUGAACAGAUUACAUAGCGACAUGAACUUCACCGACCUGCUCAUGAUAGAUGGCUUGGUGGACAAUAUGGGUUCAGCUGUGAAAGAGCUCUGGGAUAAGGAGGGAGGCAGUGGACUCUAUCCUCCCCCGAGCCUCCAUGCUCUGCUCAACCUGUAUCUCUUAGAGGACGUCCCGGUCAUCUCCAAACACUGCAUUGUCGUCUAUGUCAUCUUCGACUUGCUCAUGUACGCUGCAGACAAUAAGGAAGACCGAAUCUUGGGCCGCUGGAUCAAAUAUGCUCAGGCGUUCAACGUUCCGGCAGGAAUGAUGAAACUCAUUCAGGGGCUGUGGCUAUUGGAUCACAAAGACUUUGAGGCAGCAGUCCAUAUGCUCUUAAGCCCAAUGGUGACGAGCCACAUCCUGCCCUGGCAGCACACUCGUAUCAUCAAAGCUCUCCUCUACCAAGCGGAGAGUAAACUGGCGGUCAGGUACAUGAAGACACGACAGCCAGCCAUGGUGACACCUGAAGAUGUCAAGCUUAAACUGACUGUUCUCUUGGCGAAUGGCUUGAUCUCUGAAGCUUAUGAAUACCAGCGAACUGUGCGUGAUCAGUCCAACACUGAAGAUCUCCUCUCGCAUUUAUUUGUCGGCUGUCAGCAGACCAAGACUGUCGACAAACUCCUCCAGCUUUCCCUCGAUGGUGUCGAGGAGCGCCACCUAGUCCAGUAUCUCAAAGAAAGCACGGAGCCAAACUCGCUCGAGUUACUAGUCAUGUACUACCUGCAGAGGGCAAGAUACGUUGAGGCAAUCCGGCUCAAUGAAAAGUUAAAGGCAAGAGUCAUGCUUGAGACUGACCCGCUUGCCAAGGAACGCGCCAUUGCCAGAAACACGAUCGUUGAUGGCUAUUUCAGAAUACUGCCCGAGGUUCAACGGAAACUGAUCUUCAGUUCAGAUCGUCAGCUCAAGAAACUUACUCGAAAGAAAACUGUUGUAUGUCCAGCACCCUUGUCGACUGUUGUGAAUCGUAGCAAGAAGGCCGAGAUGCAGUCCCAGGCCACGUUGCUGUCCGCCAUCUUGGAGAAAGUGAACGAAGUACGACAUCAAACUCGAGAAGAGGAUGAGAAUGUUCCCGCACCAAAAGAUGGCAGACCUGACAUGGUUGACCUUCCUGGCGACCCGGGGCCCUUCAUCUGUACCCCAGUCACCCCUCGGGUCCGCUCUAGAAUACGGGACACUAGUGACGUAGUCUACCCCACCAUUACACUACCAGAGGAAGUCACUCGACCUAUCUCACCUACGAAGAAGAUGUUUGGUCUGUCGCCAAGCUUGUGUUUGUCACCUGCUCGGCCAACUGAUAGUAUCAAAAGGCGAGCGUCAAAGUUCAUCAGUGCUGAAAUGUUGUCGCUUCUAAAGACGCCACCCGUCCAUCGGCAGACGCCAAUGAGAAACGUGUUGAAGCCACAGCCAACUCCACAGUCGAUUCUCAAGGUGCGUCAAGUGAUGAAACGCUCACCGAGUCCCAUGAAGGAAGCUCCUUUCAAAGCAAAACAAGUCACAGAUAUGAUCAGUGCCGGCAUCCAUAUGGAAACGCCCCCGAAGAUUUCCCGUAAAGUCAUGUUCGACAAGAAAUCUGCAUCAUCCUCAAAACAACUUCGUUUCUCCAUUCCGAGUUCCACCACAGUUGAUGACAGGUCAGAAAGUCCACGGAACGUGCGAGAGAGAAGCCCAACACCUGAACGGUUCUCUCCGCGGGUUUCACCACAGGGGGCAGCACCGUGGGAACGGAGCUCUCUGGACAUUGAAGAGAUGGACGAGGAGGUGCAGGUCAUUGACGAUGAGAUCACGUUUAAUAUGAACAAAUCUAAAAAUAUCGAGCACCAAGAACCAGACGAAGACAUGGACACUGAACCUUUAGAGUUCCCAUCGGCAGGUCAACCCUUGGACCGAUCGGCUGGAGAUGUCCGUCGCAGUCUCGAAAUGGAAAUAUCAAAAGCCACGAUUCCUGAAACAACUAGUGAGUCUGCUGGCCGGAUUUAUCCUGAUUUAACGGACGUUAUGGAUUCACCGCGUGUCACUCAAAAAACUAUCAUUCAAAGUCCAAAAUCAUCCAAAAAGGUGCUGGAAAAAACUAUAGAUACACCAAAAUCAAGCGCAGUGAAGGCUAGAUCCCCGGAGGUUGAUACGGGUGACAUGUUCCAAACGCAGCAACAGGAACAAGAGAAAGUACAGAGGACGCCACCACAGGAAUCACUGCAGAGGAAGUUCACUGCAGACAAUGAGAGGAAAUCUAGGACUCCAUCUCAAAAAGUGGAGACAUCAGCUGUAGAAUCAGGGCGAAAAACAAAGACACCGAGUCGAUUUACGAAAGAGGAUUUGGAGAAGUUUGCUGAGCCGUUAGUGAUAGAUACACAUCGUAGUGCUGGAGGGGAUGGUCCAGCUCCUUCACCGAGGAGGUCACCACGCUUAGCCUCCAAGGAUUCAGAUUGUGAGAAUGUGUUGUUGUCAGACCUGUUAGCAGACGUUCAGGAAGAGGGAAGCCCAGUCAAGGACCCCAGCCCCAGGAAGAGUGAACUCAGACCAUCAAAGUGCCGCACCCCUGCACAAUCUCUGGUGAAAGAGUCUGACCGUGGCCUGGCUCAGACAGAUGUGAUGGAGGCAGAACUGAGUGAAGAGAGUGAUAAAGAAGAGUGUAAAGCGCGUCAGAUGUCCCCACUGUCCUCCGGUAGCUUCAUGAUGAAACUGCGAUCCACCACCAAAGGUUCACGAGAGACGACUCCUGUUCGGGGCCAGGCUUCAGAUCAUCAAGAUGAAGGAGAUGAGCCAAGCUUUACGUUUGCCAUGCCUCUAUCAGUCGAGGGAGGUUCAGUGACGUCCGAUGUGAAAGCCACGCCGCAGCCUCAGUCGUUCAUCUUCUCACCCCCAAUUACACGCUCAAGACUACGCCGUCGCCAAUCAGACGACAAACUCUACACAUCGAUGAUUGAGCCGAAUGUGGGUGAUAUCUCAAUGCAGUCGAUCCACAGUCUCUCUAUGACGGUCCUCGAUGAAACCAAGGUGAUGUCUCCAGGGAAACCGACUUCUGUGAAGCGAUCAGCAAAGAAGCCGAGGAAAAAAUCAACGAGAACGUCCGUCUCUGAAUCUGUCAGUGACAGCCCCAUCAACUUUGUCUCGCCGGUCCCAACACGUUCAACAAGGUCACGGAAGCCGGUGGAGCCUCCACAAGGGGAUGACACGGGCAGGAGCACGCGCAGAACAACAAGGGCCCGGCCGAAGUCUUAUAAACUUCACUGUAAAAACUGAAAUUGACUGUAGCAUUUGUUACCACCUUGUGAGAACUGGAGAUAACUUGAACCAAGUGACUAUACAUGUGGAUACAGUGUGACCGUACGAUAUGGUAAAAAUAAGCUCUGGUCAUGAGACCUAAACCACUGGACUACUCUCUUGGGCUGCCUUAGUUACUGGGCGUGAGGACAACUCAAGAUAUGGGAUAUAUCUCAAAGGCUCUCUUACUCACGAGUCUACCGUAUGAGAGUAGUGCUGGUUACACACUCAACUGUGUAAAUCGUAAAAUGAGUCU